AUGCCUGAAAAGUGGUUGCAGAAAAAAUCAAAGAUUUCCUCAGGUCGGCGCCUGGGACUGAAGAUGAGAAUGCUGUAUACUGCCCAAGAGAUGUUGAUUGUUGAGAAAGAAGAGAAACAGAAAGAGAGAGAUCUCACGUUAAGUGAGAGAGUCCCACCCCUCCAGCUGUCUGGUCUGUCAGUGCAGGAGCUCCAGGAUUUGUGUCGGGACCUCCAUCACAAAAUCGAUGUGGUUGAUGAGGAGCGGUAUGACAUAGGAGUCAAAGUGGCAAAAAAUGACAAAGAGAUACAGGAGAUGAGUCAGAAGAUCUUUGAGUUGAAGAGUAAGCUGAAGAGACCAAACCUGAGGAGAGUGAAGCUGUCUGCUGAGGCCAUGCUGAGCGUACUCCUGGGAUCCAAACACACAACAUCCAUCGACUUCAAAGCCAACCUCAAGAGCGUUAAGAAAGAGGAAGAGAAGAAGGAGGAGGUGACAGACUGGCGUAAGAACGUGGAGGCUAUGUCUGGUAUGGAGGGCAGGAAGAAGCUGUUUGAUGCUGCUGGUCAGUAA